GAAAAUCACGCCAACAAUUUGUAUAUUAAAAAAAAAAAUCACGCAAAAAACUAAAUUGAAACGAUGCCAUGCCAUUCUAAUUCCAUGGUUUCUCCGUGAUCAGAUUUUUCUCUUCUAUCUCCUGCCCUGAAUUGCAACAGAAUCCCUUUCAUACACACAGAAAUUCAAGGGUUGGGUGCCACUUGUACCGUGACUCAGAGGGGGUAGAGAUAGAGUGAGAGAGAUCAGCACUCAGAGUUUAGAUAUGGGUACGCUUCAGACUUGGAGAAAAGCUUAUGGUGCCAUCAAAGAUACAACCAAAGUUGGUCUUGCCCAUGUCAACAGCGAUUACGCGGAUUUGGAGGUUGCCAUAGUCAAAGCCACGAACCACGUUGAAUGCCCUCCCAAGGAGAGACACCUUAGAAAAAUUCUAUUUGCCACGUCUGCUAUUCGACCCCGAGCUGAUGUUGCUUACUGCAUUCAUGCACUUGCCCGUCGAUUGGCCAAGACACGAAAUUGGACGGUGGCACUAAAAACACUGGUAGUCAUCCAUAGGCUAUUAAGAGAGGGCGAUCCUACUUUCAAGGAAGAAUUUCUGAAUUUCUCACAAAGAGGGCGCAUUCUCCAACUUUCUAAUUUUAAGGAUGACUCUAGCCCAAUUGCUUGGGAUUGCUCUGCCUGGGUACGCACUUAUGCAUUGUUUUUGGAAGAGAGGCUUGAAUGUUUUCGGAUUUUGAAGUAUGAUAUUGAAGCUGAACGUCUUCCCAAGCCUGCCCAAGGGCAGGAGAAGCAGGGUUACAGCAGGACAAGGGAUCUAGAUAGUGAAGAACUAUUAGAGCAGUUGCCUGCUUUGCAGCAGCUUCUCUAUCGACUUAUUGGCUGCAAGCCAGAAGGAGCAGCUGUUAGCAAUUAUGUGAUACAAUAUGCUCUAGCUCUGGUACUGAAAGAGAGCUUUAAGAUUUAUUGUGCUGUUAAUGAUGGAAUCAUCAAUCUUGUUGAUAAGUUUUUCGAGAUGCCGAGACAUGAAGCUGUCAAAGCCCUUGAUAUCUAUAAACGUGCUGGCCAGCAGGCAGCAAAUUUAUCUGAUUUCUAUGAAGUAUGCAGAGGUUUGGAACUUGCUAGGAAUUUUCAGUUUCCUGUCCUAAGAGAGCCUCCUCAAUCUUUUCUGACAACCAUGGAUGAGUACAUAAGAGAGGCUCCACGAGUGGUGACAGUGCCUACUGAGCCAUUGCUUCAGUUGACAUACAGACCGGAGGAAGAAGUUCUAACAACUGAAGACAGUAAAGUAUCUGUUGAAGAGGAGGAGCCAUCAGUUCCUGCGGAUGAUGUUGUCUCCAAUUCUGAUAUUGUUCCUCCUCCGCCACUUCCAUCUCAGAAUAAUUUUGACACUGGAGACUUACUGGGUUUGAAUGACACUCUACCUGAUGCAUCAUCAAUAGAGGAAAGAAAUGCUCUUGCCCUAGCCAUAGUACCCACUGAAAAUGGCGCAACAUCAGGUUUUGAAUCUAAUACCACCCAAGCGAACGAUUUUGAUCCAACUGGAUGGGAGCUUGCUUUGGUUUCCACUCCGAGUAGCAAUAUUUCUUCAGUCAAUGAAAGGCAGUUGGCUGGUGGAAUGGACUCGCUCACUCUUAACAGCUUAUAUGACGAAGCAGCAUACAGAUCGCAGCAGCCAGUGUAUGGAGCACCGGCUCCAAAUCCAUUUGAGGUGCAAGAUCCAUUUGCUUUCUCAAGCAGCAUCCCUCCUCCUCCUGCUGUCCAAAUGGCAGCGAUGGCUCAGCAGCAAGCAAAUCCAUUUGGUCCAUACCAGCCUUAUCAGCCUCAGCCACAGCCGCAGCAGCAGCAGCAUCUGUUGACGAGCCCUGCAAAUCCUUUUGGGGAUGCAGGAUAUGGGGCGUUUCCUGUGAAUCCUGUUUCUCACUCACAAAAUAACAACAAUCCAUUUGGUAACCCGGGCUUGCUAUGAGAACACUUUUUUUGGUGGAAUGCAAUGUAUUUAGUCAAUGAAGCUGGUUCGACGCAUUCAGAAGCGAGUAAAAUUGGUUUACUUGUUGCUAGAUAGAUGGUUUUUUAGGAAAGACGUGCUUCUCUUGUAAAAUGGAGACAACACUGAGAAGGUCGCGGCCAUUAAAUGCACUGACUGCUGGGAAUUUUUACUUCCUAUGUGUUUUUAACAUUCUUAAAUUCAUGCAUGCUCAAUUCAUAUUCUGGAAAAAUUCUUUGAUAGACAUGGUGCAGAGAAAGAUAAAGGAAAAUAAUUGAAGAUCUUGAACCA